AUGGACUUCAUAGAUGGUUUGCCUAAGUCCGCUGGUUUUGAAGCUAUAUUUGUAGUGGUAAAUAGAAUGAGUAAAUAUGCAUACUUCAAGGCACUCAAACACCCCUAUACGGCUAAAUCUGUGGCAGAGCUCUUUGUGAAGGAAGUUGUUAGGUUACAUGGUUACCCAAGAUCCAUUGUUUUUGAUCGGGACAGAGAGCUUCUACCUCCUUUGCUUUAUUAUGGAGAUGUGGCAACCCCCAACUCUACUCUUGAUCAGCAGCUCAAAGAUAGGGACAUUGCCUUGGGAACUUUAAAGGAACACUUACGCAUAGCUCAAGAAAAAAUGAAAAAACAUGCGGAUUUGAGGAGAAGAACUGUGGAAUUCCAAAUUGAUGAUAUGAUUUUCCUAAAACUCAGACCAUAUAGACAGCUAUCACUGCGAAGGAAGCACAACGAAAAAUUGUCUCCAAAAUACUUUGGUCCAUACAGAGUGUUAGAAAAGAUAGGUCCAGUAGCUUAUAAGCUGGAUUUGCCUAGUAUAGCAGCUAUUCAUCCGGUUUUCCACGUAUUUCAGCUGAAGAGAGUGCUAGGGGAUCAUACUCAAGUACAACAGCUUGAUUCUUACCUAACAGAAAACCAUGAAUGGAUGACACAACCAGAUGAAGUAUACGGGUACAGAAAGAAUCCUAACACAAACGACUGGGAGGUGCUGAUAAGUUGGAAAGGGUUACCACCUCAUGAGGCCACAUGGGAAGACUGUAAUGACUUCAAACAUCAGUUUCCUGACUUCCACCUUGAGGAGAAGGUGGAUUUGGAGGAGGAGAGUAGUGUUAAACCACCAAUAUUAUUCACAUAUAAUAGGAGAAAUAAUAGGAGAAAUAAGGGGAAGUGGGCACAGGAUAUGUUAGUUAGAGAGGUGAAGGAGAAUUUGGAGGGAGGAAACUGUAGUGGUGGGCCCAACAGUUAG